AUGUUCGGCAUGAAGUUGGGGGCACGACUUAAUUUGGGAACGUCAAUACGCUCGGCUGCUCUCAUCCCAAGCCUGCCGAGCUCAGCUCUCCCUUCCAUCUCUGCAUCUGUGAGGCUUACCCUGGGUGGCCUCCAAAUUUGCAAAAACACAGCACAGUGGUCGUGCAAGAAGGAGAUGGAAGAGCAUUGGCGUCUCUCCCUCACCUACCCUACACCUCUGUGUGUCUGCUGGCUGGGAGGUUUCUUCCCUCAAAUACCGACGUCGUCUCGGCCUGGCCAAUCACCUGCACGGUCUCCUUUAACCCCGGGACAUGGAGGUGCAGGAGAUGAAGCAGCAGGAUCAUGCCGCCUGGGGAAGGAUAACCCUCAUGAAGGGUUCUGA